CGGUACCUUUAAUGGAUUUAAAAUAUUCAAAACAAAAACAUAAUUAAAAUCCACGGUGAGCGUUUUUCAACCUCCUUGCGGGCUUCCGUCCACAGGCUCCAUGGCAACGCACGCAGCGCCGAGGCUAAUGCUAAAUGCUAACGUUUUGAGCUUCUCCCGACAAUAAAAACAGUUUUUACUCAUUUUUAACUCAAACAAAGAGGCACGUUAAUAAUAAAUAAAGCCCACAUCACGUUUCAUAUUGUGUUUCUUACCACCGUAAAGCGGAAGGAAGGCGCUAUUAACCCACUGUGUGUCUGACAGAUGUGAGCCCCGAGCCGCUCUACGAUGGAGGUGUGGGAGCUCGCUCUUCCUCUUCCCGCCAUCUUCCUCAUCUGUGUGGGGCUGUACAUGCUGCUGUUGGGGGCCGCACUCUGGCUCCGCUGCUGCCUCAAGGACCGUUGUUCCGUGUCCUGCUCCGACUGCUGCUCUGGAGUCUCUCUGUGUGAAAACUGUUUCAAAAUGGCGGAAAUGUGCGACUGUCAGCUCCCGUCUGUGCGCACCUGCCUCCGCUGCUCCUGCCUCGGCUCCACCUGCCCCGGCUGCACCUGCCUCGGCUCCACCUGCCCCUCCCCUUCUUGUUCUAACCUGGACUGCGCCUGCACCUGUCAGCCGCCGGAGUGCGACACCUGCAACUGCCUCUGCUUCGAGAUCAGAAUCAAGUGAACCAGCGCCACACGGACACAGAACCCGCGGACACGGGACCCGCGGACACGGGACCCGGGGACACGGGACCCGCGGACACGGGACCCGCGGACACGGGACCCGCGGACACGGGACGACACAGGACCCGCGACCCGCGGACACGGGACCCGCGGACACAGGACCCGCGGACACAGCACCCGCGGACACAGGACCGCACUCGAAACAGCAUUUUCAUGUUUUACAUUCUAUGUCUGUAUUCGUUUUAUUAUUUGGAUAAGAGAAUUUCACUGGGACGAGAGCAGAAAAACACGAGCGAGCUGAAAAUGUUGUAAUUUUUUGGGGUAUUUCUGUGUAAAAAGUCAGAUUCAGCUCAAGAUUCACAAGCUCAUUUAUAUUCAUUUAUAUAAACACAUCACAUUGUUUCUUAGUAUUUUUUUCUGCAUAAAUAGUAGUUGGUUUUUUUUGCAGGUGUAGUCAGAUACACAGAGGUACAGGCCGCGUCUCAUGUCUCUUUCCUCGCUUCCUUCUCCUUGAUUCCUCUCCUCGAGCCAACAUUUUUCCGCUGUCAAUCAAAUGUGCCAUAUUAAGUGGUGUCCCAGAGAAAACCCCUGAGGGAAGAAGGAGAAAACCUCAGGGAAGUAAAGAGGAAACAUGAGGGAAGGGAGGAGGAAAUGUGAGGGAAGAGAGGAGGAAAUGUGAGGGAAGGAAGGAGGAAAUGUGAGGGAAGGAAGGAGGAAAUGUGAGGGAAGAGAGGAGGAAACGUGAGGGAAGGAAGGAGGAAAUGUGAGGGAAGGAAGGAGGAAAUGUGAGGGAAGAGAGGAGGAAACAUGAGGGAAAGAAAGAGGAAAGCUGAGGGAAGGAAGGAAACAUGAGGGAAGGAAAGAGAAAAGCUGAGGGAAGGAAGGAAACAUGAGGGAAGGAAAGAGAAAAGCUGAGGGAAGGGAGGAGGAAACAUGAGGGAAGAGAGGAGGAAACGUGAGGGAAGGGAGGAGGAAACAUGAGGGAAAGAAAGAGGAAAGCUGAGGGAAGAAGGAAACAUGAGGGAAGGAAAGAGGAAAGCUGAGGGAAGGAAGGAAACAUGAGGGAAGGAAAGAGGAAAGCUGAGGGAAGAGAGGAGGAAACAUGAGGGAAGAGAGGAGGAAACGUGAGGGAAGGGAGGAGGAAACGUGAGGGAAGGAAUUAGGAAACAUGAGGGAAAGAAAGAGGAAAGCUGAGGGAAGGAAGGAAACAUGAGGGAAGGGAGGAGGAAACGUGAGGGAAGCGAGGAGGAAACGUGAGGGAAGGAAGGAGGAAACAUGAGGGAAGAGAGGAGGAAACGUGAGGGAAGGAAGGAGGAAACAUGAGGGAAGAGAGGAGGAAACGUGAGGGAAGGAAGGAGGAAACAUGAGGGAAGAGAGGAGGAAAUCUGAGGGAAGGAAGGAAACAUGAGGGAAGAGAGGAGGAAA